AUGGAUUCCUUCUCCUUUGAUUACUCAGAACCAGUAAAUUUCACAGAUAUCAAUUGGACAUGCACCAGAGGAGAUUGCAUCACCGUGGACACCGUCAUGUGUCCUAGCACGACAGGCCGAAACGUCCUGUUGUAUAUCCUCUCUAUCUUUUAUAUUUUCAUCUUUGUAGUCAGGAUGAUAGCCAACUCAGUGAUGGUCUGGGUGAAUCUCCAGGCCAAUGAAGGUUACGAGACUCACCUGUACAUCUUAAAUCUGGCCAUCGCCAAUCUGUGUGUGGUUGUCACCAUUUCCAUCUGGGUGGUCUCUCUGGUCCAGCACAACCAGUGGCCCAUGGGGGAGCUUACCUGUAAGAUCACUCACCUCAUUUUCUCCAUCAACUUUUUUGGCAGUAUCUUCUUCCUGACCUACAUGAGUGUGAACUGCUAUCUCUCCGUGACCUAUUUCACCAACACCAGCUGCCGAAAGAAGAAGGUCAUCUGCCGGCUCAUCUGUAUUUUCGCGUGGCUCCUGGCCAUCUGUGUCUCCCUGCCAGACGCCUACUAUCUGAAGACGGUCACCUCGGCCGCCAACAACGAGACCUACUGCCACUCCAUCUACCUGGAGCAUAGCAUCAAGGAGUGGCUGCUGGGCAUGGAGCUGCUCUCUGUGGUCCUGGGCUUCAUCAUCCCUUUCUCCAUCAUUGUAGUCUUCUAUUUCCUAUUCGCCAGAGCCAUCUCAGCCUUGAGGAACCAGGAGAAACACAGCAACCAGAAGAUCAUUUUCUCCUACAUCAUCGUCUUCCUCAUCUGCUGGUUACCCUAUCACGCCGUGGUGCUUCUAGAUAUCUUCUCCUUCCUCCAUUUUAUUCCCUUCAACUGUCAGCUGGAAAACUUCUUCUACACAGCCCUCCAUGUCACUCAGUGUCUGUCCCUGGUGCACUGCUGUGUCAACCCGGUAUUCUACAGCUUCAUUAACUGAAACUGGAAUACCUGGCAACCUGAGAGGAUG